AUGGGUGCAGUCCUUGUAAUCGGUUAUCCCCUUUUCAUGGGGGCCUUGGCCGCUAGCAUCUACGGCAUUCUAUCGCUCGAGCACAAGAGCAACGAACGCAGUUUGACGGAAAAAGAUGUCCAGCACACUGGUGUCACAUUGGCACUUGUGAAUGGGUUUAUGUCUUGGGGCGAAGACUCUGCAAUCGCUCUGACCUGGAACGGCGGAGAGCCAACCACGAACAAAGAUAUCGAGGAGGUACUCGUGCCAAUCACGAGUGACGACAAAGCCGUGUUCCACCAUUGGAACGACACCUUGCCGCAGUGGAUCUCCGUCAAGAACCGCGGCGCGUCUCCAGUGUGUCUUGCUGGUGUCAGCAUCCAGAAGGACGACACUGUGAUGACGCUCGCAGGAGACCUGGGCAGGGUGUGCGGCGCCGAAUAUUACGAGUCAUCUCGAUUCGUGCUCCCCGAAGAUCAACACACACAGGCGCCAUCUUGCACCUGGAUCGACGCAAACCAUCCAAUCCGAUUCAACUUGGCCGGCAACGACAACAACGACAACGACGACAACAACGUGGUCAGAGACCCGACAGACCUGUGUAAGGCACCGUUUAUGACCUGGGCCCCUUCCGACAAGGGCGCCGGUGCCGGUAAUCAACAACGUGGAAUUGAGGACGCUUCGCCAUUCGACGGAAUCUUGGUCAAGAGUUCAAGGCCACUUUCGAGCGCCGUACGCCUGUGCAACAGCGUCAUGGCCAAAGGACCCAGCUUCGUGAGCGAACCCGAAGAAUUGUACUGCGACAUGACGACAAAGACUUUGUAUCCAGUAUGCAAAGAAGGAACGCAGGGCAUUUGCUUCGACGACAAUGAGGACGAGCUUAUCGACAAUGACGCUCCGCCGGAAAUCAGACAGAGAGGAUUCGACGCCGCACCAAAAAGUCUGGAAAAGACACGGGUGCUGAAGGCCUUCAGAGACGUGCGCAAGUGGUCAUGA